AAAGCGUUUAAACUGUGUUGUUAUUUUGAAUAUAUUUAUUUAUGACUGAUAAAAUAGACACAGCUAAAUAAUAAUGGCCACACAAAAGCUGGAGUACGAUGCCAGUCUUGGCGGACGUAUUACGCUGCCCACGCAUGUGUCCACUUACCACUAUGCAGCCGGAGCCUUGAAGGAAAUCAAAUCUUUGAUCGCUGAGGCUCAAUUGCCGACCAACAGCAAGCUCAUCUUCCAGACACUGCCCAAAUACAUGCGUCGUCGUGCCAUGUCCCAUCAUCCCAAGCGUCUGCCGCGCAAAUAUCGCGCCGCACACAAAUCCCAAAUGGGCAAGGCGGGCAAUCAGCCGGUGAACAGCAAGCGUCCAUCUCGCAAGUAUCGUCGUCGUCCAAAGAAUCUGAUGCGUGAGUACGUGCGCCGGCAGCGUAAGCACAGCUGGCUGGAGACGCACAUCUGGCAUGCCAAGCGCUUCCACAUGAUCGAUCGUUGGGGCUAUCGAUUGCCCUUGGCCAGUUGCGACAAGACCUAUCGGGCUUGCUAUCGCGCGAGCACCGAUCAUUGCCUGCUCCAGGACAUGUCCUUCUACAGCUGCGUCCAGCUUCAAGGCAGCCUUGAGCUGCUGCGUGUGGGAUUCGAGCGUCUCACCAGUCCAAACUGCGGACCUGGCAUUGCGGCCAAGACAUUUGCCAGUGGCCGUCGCGAGGGGAGCAUCGAACUCUUUGCCGAUGGACAGUAUCCGUUGGGUGCCCUGCAGCGUGUCAGCUUCAUGUGGCGUCCAGAGGAUCAGUCGCGACGUACCCUAUGGCUCUGGCUGCAUCCUGCCGCCGCCGAGGCAACAAUUCUGCAGCUUAUCAACGUGUUCCAGUUGAAGUCCAGCAAACAGCAGACGCUGCCACUGGAAACACUGCCAGAUGAAUCCAAGGAGCAAACACAGACUGGCAAAUCCAGGCAACAGCCAUUGCGCUUCUGGACGCACACCAAGGCGUUUGAGCGACACAGAACCUACGCCAAUGUGGAUGACAAUCUAGAGAUGCAGAUCUUUCAACAGGAAUUCAAUCGAUUUCGCCUAACCGGAGCUCGUGCCCAACACAUACUCGCCGCCAGUUUACGGGCCUAUCGUCCCGGUCACACACACUCCCACUGGCUGGCGGAGAUGAGCAAGCUGCCGGAGAUGUCGGAACAGUUGCAAUCGCAGGCUGAUUUUAUGGAGUCUGCCCUACAGCUGAGUUCACCUGGCGAACUCCUCUCCAAUAUGAUUGUCGGCCUCAAUGUUGUCGAUCCUCGACUGCAACGGCCCAGGCAACGCAGCAAGGCGACCAAGGAAGCAAGAGCAGAAGCAGGAUUAGCAACAGGAAGAUCUGCUGCUGAACUACUUAUGUCGCAGCCUGCUUGUCUGCCGGAUAGCUCGCUGUGGCAGUCGGAGCUGCGGGAACGUCUCGGUCAGACCAUGUUGUCGACGCACAAAUACGAGCAACUGCGUCAGCAGCACGCCGUUGUGCCUGGCCAGAGCUGUGCCUUUGAGGAGCAGCUGCAGCCAGUGCCGCUGCUGCUGGUGCAACGUCCUGGCUCCCAGGAAUCGCAAUACAAACGCCUAGGAUAUGGCUCCGGCUGGGAUGUGAUUGCGCCCGCAGGUUACGGCAUGGCGCUCUGGCUGACGUUCAUCAUGUGGGGUGCCAGGCCAGGUGGACUGCGAGAAUUCGACUCGGUGGCCAGGGAGGCGGGAGCCGAACAUCAUUUGCCGGACACGGUGGCAGGAGUGCAGCAAGCAUCCUUGGGUGCAACAGAGCGAAGAACUCGCUACUUUCGUCUGCCGCCCAACAAACGCUACAAUUACCGUAAGCUGGCGGUGGUCAGUCCAUUUCUGGCUCCCUGGAAGCACCUGGUGCGAGAUUGGCAGCAGCAGGAGAAAUCCACAACAACUGCCGGUGAAUUCCAUGUACUGCGAGAUCGAGAUCUAUUGCAGCGUCUGCAUGAAUGUCUGCGCCACGGCCAAGCAUUUCCGGAACAACUGCCGAACGAGUGUCUCAUCCAGAUUCAGUUACGUCUGCAUUCCCGUGGUCAUCUCAAGGAUAAUGCAUUGAUUUGCCUGCCCACAAGUGCCGACUGGAAGCGUCAGAGGAAGCAGCUAAAGCACGACGAGCAUGCGCCCGUACACAGCGAGCCUCCGCAGCCGGAUUUGAAUGAACGCCUGCGGAAGGAUCUUCGGCUUGGCCACAAGCGACAGCUGAAACGCUUGCGAGGACGUCGCGUCCGCGAGAAGCGCAAACUGCAGGAGACGAGCACGCGACGUGUCCACAUUCGACCUGCCCAGACGGCGACACUCGUCAGGGAACAGUUUGACAGAAUGUGCAACCUGUGGCUGCCCACAGAUCCCGUCGAGACACGGGACAGUGUACGGCGUCAAUGCAGUCGCGAAGUGUUUGGCUACGUCAGCAGUGCCGGAUUCAGUUUCAUCGAGGCCACGGUCUGUGGUGUGGGUUACAUAACUGCAGCUGGACUCCGUAAGCUGGUCGCAGAUGGACGUGGAGGGGAAAGCGGAAAUGAAAACGGAAGCGGGAAGGCAUUCAAAAACGGAAGUCAACUUCCUCUUUGCCUCGUGCGUGAUGCGGACAGUCGUGACUAUCGAUUCGCCCGUUUUCAAGUCAAUCGCAAUGUGAUAGCUCCGCCUUUCUGAUGACAUAGUGCUCGACUAUCGGUUACCCUGUAUGCUGAUCGCAGAUAUCUCAACGCGCAUUUACACAUACUCUAUUCGGACAGAAUCUAAGACUAUCUUUCUGUGUGGCCUUUUUAUGGUACCCUGUUUACCCAUUUGAGCUGGAUAUAGGGUAUAAAAAUAUAUGUAUAUAUUUAUUUGUCUGUGAAUAAACCAACUUAAAAUAA